ACUUCAAUAGUGUUUACAAAACAUAACCUAUUCACGUGUACUCAGUCAGGUCACUGAAAGCGAAAAAAAAAAAAAGAAAUCGUUUUAAUUUAAUAAAAUCGAGUGAAAAUGUCGUCGUGGAAAAAAGCAGCCAAAUCAAAUCAAAAAACGCAUCGAGAACGUCAUCAGCCAGCAGCUCGAAAGCAUCUUGGCAUUCUUGAAAAGAAAAAAGAUUACCAAUUACGUGCCAAAGACAAAAAUGAAAAGAAAGACACAUUGAAAUUACUUAGCAAACGGGCUUUAAAUCGAAAUCCAGAUGAAUUCUAUCAUCAUAUGAUCAAUUCGCAAAUGAUUGAUGGUGAGCAUCAUGAGAAUGAAGAGGAAGAUGAACAUACACCGGACCAAAUUCAACUGAUGCAAACACAAGACAUCAAAUACAUAACGAUGAAAAAGACCAUCGAAGCGAAUAAAAUACGUCGAAUGCAAUCGGAAUUGCAUAUGAUUGAUGAAGCAAAUAACGUAAAAAAUACGCAUACAUUUUUCACAGACUCUGGUGAUGAAGACACGGAAAUUGACUUGGCAAAGCGGCUCAAUACACAUCCGUCAAUGUUAGCGCGACGCACAAAUCGACCGCGUCUAGAAGAUCUUAAUAAAUUAGUCAUCAGCGAUGAAGAUAUAGAGGCAACGCGUAAACUCUUCAAAAAGCGUGAUGAGGCAUACAAUGAGCUAAAAAAUCGUAUUGAACGUGAAAAAAUGCUGACAGUGGUUCAACAAAAAAUGGAAUUAAAGAAAGUACUUCAACAGAAACGUUUACUCAAACCGAAACGUAUUGCAGCUGCAACGAAAGACUCUGCGCCUAUCUACUCAUUCAAAUAUGAAAGAAAAAAAUGAUUUUGUUACGAGAUUUUUGUUUAUAAACGUAAAA